AUGCCUCACGCUACGGAAACCGGCGCCCCCGACGCCGAAGACGCCGACUUCGAAAAUGUCAUGCGACAGAUGAACGGCCCCCUCGAGGGCGGCAUGUCUAUGGACUUCUUAAAUCGAGACCUGGAACCCGGCGAGAAGGCGGAUGACGCGGUCGACUACGAAGAUUUCGACGACGAUGAUUUACCCGAGGAAGAGGAAAGAGCCCAACGAAUGGCAGAGAACGGAGUCGCAGACACCGACGACCUUGAUAAAGAUUUGUUUGAGGCCGAGGAAGAUGAUUUAUUCGGAGGUCCGGAUGAUGACGAGCCGCCGCAGCACCAGCCACAAGAGUCUGCCCCCGAUGAACUUGACGACCUGUUCGGCGACGGGCCCGCCUCGCCUGGACCCGAUCAGGUGGACUCGACUCGCGAUCUUUUCUUCGAAGAGGAAGAUGAGCAGCCGCCGCCUAUGCCCCCCGUCGCUAUCGAAACACCAACUGCUGAACCGGAGCGAAUGGACGUGGAGGAAGAUGCCGAGGAGCCUUUGCAGGACCCUGGAACGAUGAGCCCUACGGGAGAGGAUAUGGACCCUGCUGCCCUGCGCGCGUGGAAACUUCAGCAGGCCUUGUUUGCUAUGUCCAACGUUGGCCCCGACAAUCCUCCUGCCCCGCCGGAGAACGUGGAGGAACUUCUGCAAUCAUUGUUCCCUGGGUUUGAUCGCAAAACUCUUCCUCGAUUCCUUGAAUUGAUCCCCCACAAGAAGGCCUUCUUUCUAGGCAAACAGCACACGAAACCCCCGAAACCGGUACUUCCAACUAAACUCAACGUCGAACUGGCUCACGACCAGGAGAGGGGCUUCAGGUCCGGGGGUCAGGCUUUUAAAAGAUCACUCGAAUCGGAGCAUCUAGGGAUCAUGACGAUUACCGAGGCUGCCCCAGAGGACGAAGGCGAGGAGGAAGAAAUCCGGGAGGAGUUUGACCAAGACACUGACGUGGAGGAACCCUUGCCCGGCGGCAUUACUUUGCAUGAUCUUCGAGUUGUAUGCAUGGAUUGGGAUGUGAAGGAUGACAUCUCCGUCAUGGAUAUUGACGAGCCCGUCCCCAUGGAUACGGCCGAAGACGAGGACGAUUGGCUCAUCGAAACUACUCAACCAGCGAAGAAGCGGAAGAUUGGCAGAGACGCGACUGAAUUGAUUGCUCUCUCUCAUAUCGACGUGCCUGUGAUGGAUGAUCCUACUCAAGUCACGUCGCGGAUUGCUCAAAAGGUAACAAUUGAUAUGAACGAUCCUCAUAUUUUGCUUGAUGAGCGGGGACCCGAUUCUGCGGUCCAAAAGCCCAAAUCUCUAGGAGCUCUUAACCGCGAGGACAUGGAUGUGAACGUCACCCGGCGUCUUACCUCCCGCUACAACAUUUCAAAUGACCAAGCCUAUGACAUGCUUAAGCAGAACCAUCAGAACAAGGUCCGAAGCACUCUGGGCAAUGUCACUCUUGAGCACAGUAUGCCAGCACUUCGCCUGCAGUGGCCUUAUUACAAGACCGAGCUUGCUAAGGCGGAAGCCCGAUCGUUCCAUCGGCCGGCCUUGUCUUUCCGACCCGGUCAGACUUGCUGGUUUAAGAAUCCCAACUUCAUCAAGCGCAAGCACCAGAGGGGAAAAGAUGUCAAGCAACUUUAUAAUUCUACCAAGGCACUGUCCAUGGCAGACAAUUCGAACGUCUUGCUCGUCGAGUAUUCGGAAGAGGCCCCCCUCAUGCUCUCGAACUUCGGAAUGUCGAAUCGAAUUAUCAAUUAUUAUCGGCGAAAGAGCAUGGAGGAUCCGACUCGUCCCAAGGCCGAGAUUGGCGAAACCGUUGUCCUCCUUCCCCAAGAUAAAAGCCCAUUCUCAAUUUUUGGGCACGUGGACUCUGGGGAGAUUACCCCCGCUAUCUCGAACUCCAUGUAUCGCUCACCCCUAUUCCAGCACAAAGCCAAAUCGACCGAUUUCUUGGUGGUGCGUAGCAGCACUACUGGGGGUGGCAGCAAUUACUACCUCCGGAACAUCGAUAAUCUGUAUGUCGCCGGCCAGCAAUUCCCGUCCGUGGAUGUGCCUGGACCUCAUUCACGAAAGGUGACGACGGUCGCCAAAAACCGCAUGAAGAUGCUCGUUUACCGUCUCUUGAAGAAGAGCCCUGAUCUCAGGCUUUCGAUUAGUGACGUCACUGCCCAUAUCCCCGGGACCAGCGAUAUGCAGAACCGCCAGAAAGUCAAGGACUUCCUCCAGCACGACAAGGACUCCAAAUACUGGGUCCCCUUGGAGCCGGUCCCUGAGCAAGAUGUCAUUCGAUCCUGGGUUCAACCCGAGGACGUCUGCUUGCUUGAGUCCAUGCAGGUUGGUCAGCAGCAUUUGCAUGACACGGGUUACGGCAAUGAUGCCGAAACCGGCGGUGACGAUGACGAGGACGGGGAAAGCGAAAGCUUCGAGCAACAGAUGGCCCCAUGGAAGGCAACCCGAAACUUCCUUCUUGCGUCCCAAGGAAAGGCAAUGCUCAAGCUUCACGGAGAGGGCGAUCCCACCGGCCGAGGCGAGGGUUUCAGUUUCAUCAAGACGUCCAUGAAAGGGGGUUUCAAGGCCAUUGGCGAGAGUGUUGAGGACAAAUUGGACGCGCAACGACUUAAGGAACUGGGCGGACACAGUUACAAUGUGGCUCGACAGCAAAAGUCAUACGAAACGUCGAUUCGACGAAUCUGGGAUGCCCAGAAGGCUAGCUUGUCGUCCACCGUUGAGCAUUCGGAUGCGGAGAGUGACAUUGAUCGUGAAGACGAGGAGGAGUUCGGCAAGCCGACCCCAAGAUCAGAAGCUCCUACUCCGGCACCCGGUCGCCGAGACGACGAGACGACCAGUCAAUUUAGUAAGAUGAGCAUGCCGGAUCAGAAAGGGAAGGUCCUUCGGAUCAUUCGAUAUUACAAAGACGAAAAGGGAGGCCUUUACCCCAAAGAAUCCCUUGUAUGGGAUCAACGUGUCAUUCGGCACUAUAUUCAGCAUCGCCACAGGGCCGAGGCGUUGUCGACCAAACUGGAUUCUCUCCAACCAACAGGCGACCCUGAGAUUGAUGCUCGCAAUAAGAAACUGAUCGAAAACGAACUCAGCCGUCUGAACCGCAACAAAGAGCGCCGGUUCGCACGCGAAAAGCAAAAGGGCGUUGUCCGAACGUCUGGCGGCGACUCACCGGCCGAAGGUGGCUCUGGAGGUGGCAAGUCGGCCGGCACUCAGCGCAAGUGUGCCAACUGCCUCCAGGUCGGUCACAUCAAAACCAACAAGAAACUCUGCCCUCUCCUCAACGGUACCAUGAAGCCCGAAGAACGGGUCAGCGAUUCGGCCUUCGCUAUGGGCGCUCCCCCUGCAAUCUAA